AUGAGCCACCACGAGGACGCCGCUGCGGACGCUGCGAGGGAGGACGAGAUCCAGUACGGCGCAGUGGGAGUCGCCAAAGAGGAACUUGAGGAAAAGUAUCCAAAGCGGCCAAGAAACCACUCCAAGACGCUGCCGUUCCACGACCUCUUCCUGCAUCUCUUCAACCCUCUCAACGAGAACAAGAAGCAGCCGGAGCAGCGGAGGCACGUCAUCGAGAGGUUCAUCGCCAAGUGGCGUAAGCAGGUCGGCAAUGACUUUUACCCGGCCCUGCGCCUGAUCCUCCCGGACAAGGACCGCGACCGCGGCGUCUACGGCCUCAAGGAGAACGCCAUAGGAAGGCUUCUCGUCAAGCUCCUCAAGAUUGACAAAAACUCCGACGACGGCUACAACCUCUUGCACUGGAAGAUCCCUGGCCAGACCACGGCGGCGCGGCUCGCCGGCGACUUUGCCGGCCGCUGCUUCGAGGUCAUCUCCAAGCGGCCCAUGCGGACCGCCGCCGGAGACAUGACCAUUGCCGAGGUCAACGAGCAGCUCGACAAGCUGGCUGCCUCGUCGAGCGAGGCCGAGAACCUCGCCAUCUUCGAGACCUUCUACAACCGCAUGAACGCCGAGGAGAUGAUGUGGCUCAUCCGCAUCGUCCUCAAGCAGAUGAAGGUGGGCGCCACCGAAAAGACGCUCCUGUACCUGUGGCAUCCCGACGGCGAGACCCUGUUCAGCGUCUCGUCCAGCCUCCGCCGCGUCUGCUGGGAGCUGCACGACCCGCAGCUCCGGCUCGAGCGCGAGGAGGCGGGCAUCGCGCUGAUGCAGUGCUUCCAGCCGCAGCUGGCCCAGUUCCAGAUGCCCGCCUCCUUCCAAAAGAUGACUGAGCUGCUGCGGCCGACGGAAGACGACGCCGAGUUUUGGAUCGAGGAGAAGCUCGACGGCGAGCGGAUGCAGAUGCACCUGGUGCAGGACCCGGACCACCCGGGCGGCCGGCGCUUCUGCUUUUGGUCCAGAAAGGCCAAGGACUACACCUACCUCUACGGCAACGGGCUGCACGACAACAACUCGAGCUUGACUCGCCAUCUUGCCAAGGCCUUUGCGCCCGGCGUCCGCAACCUGAUUCUCGAUGGCGAGAUGAUUACGUGGGACAUGGAGGUGGACAAGAUUGUGCCGUUUGGGACGCUCAAGACGGCCGCCAUCGCGGAGCAGCAGAACAGGACGGGCUCGGACGCCACGGGCCACCGCCCACUGUUCCGCGUCUUUGACAUGCUGUACCUCAACGACAAGCAGCUGACCCAGUACACGCUGCGGGACCGGCACAAUGCCCUGGAAAAGGCCGUCAAGCCAGUCUACAGGCGCCUCGAGAUCCACACGCACUCGCGCGCCACCACGGCCGACGCCAUCGAGCCGUUGCUGCGCGAGGUGGUGGCCAACGCGUCCGAAGGCCUGGUCCUCAAGAACCCGCGCUCCAUGUACCGCCUCAACAGCCGCAACGACGACUGGCUCAAGGUCAAGCCCGAGUACAUGUCCGAGUUUGGCGAGUCGCUCGACUGCCUCGUCGUCGGCGGCUACUACGGCUCCGGCCGGCGGGGCGGCACGCUGUCAAGCUUCUUGUGCGGCCUGCGCGUGACGCAGAACCACGUCCAGGCCGGGGCCAACCCGGAAAAGUGCUUCAGCUUCUUCAAGGUCGGCGGCGGGUUCCGUGCCGAAGACUACGCCGAGAUCCGCCACCGCACCGAGGGCAAGUGGAUGGAGUGGGACCCCAAGAACCCCCCGUCAGAGUACAUUGAGCUCGGCGGCGGCGAGGCCAAGCAGUACGAGCGCCCGGACGUGUGGAUCCGGCCGCGGGACUCGGUCGUCGUCUCGGUCAAGGCGGCCAGCGUGGGCCCGUCGGACAGCUUCGCGCGGGGCUUCACCCUGCGGUUCCCUCGCUUCCGGCGGCUGCGCACGGAGCGCAGCUGGGACUCGGCGCUGACGCUCGAGGAGUUUCAGGAGCUCAAGAAGAGGGUCGACGAGGAGUCUAGGGACAAGGCCAUGACUGUCGAGGACAGGAAGAGGCGGCGGCCGAAGCGCAUCAAGAAGGAGCUCGUCAUUGCGGGCGAGGACGCGGCGCCCGCCGAGUUUGCCGAGCCGUCGUCGGCCAUGUUUGAGGGCUUCGAGUUUGGCGUGCUGUCCGAGUCCCUGAAGCCGUGGAAGAAGACAAAGGGUCAGCUCGAGGCCAUGCUCAAGGAAAACGGGGGGGGCGUCUCGCAGCGGCCAGCCGCGGGCACCAAGACGGUGCUCAUUGCCGACAAGAGGGUCGUCAAGGUCGCGAGCCUGAUCAAGGGCGGCGACGUCGACAUCAUCCGCCCGUUGUGGAUCCGGGAUUGCCUGGAGCAUGGCGAUGGGACGUCGGUGCUGCCCUACGAGGAGCGGCACCUGUUUCACGCGUCCGAGGGGCUCCGGGCGGCGGCCGCGCGGAACACAGACCGGCUCGGCGACAGCUUUGCGAGGAACGUGUCGGUGGAGGAGCUCAGGGAGAUUACCGACGCCUUGACGGCGGAGCCCAAGGGCCGCGAGGCACGGGAUGCCGCGGCAUCUUCCUUUGUCGAGGAGCUCGAGGCCCGCGCAAAGGGGCUCUCGCACAUGCGCGCGUUCAUAUUUCGCCGUUGCGUCGUGCACCUGCGCCUUGUCGGGGACUCGGGCCCCCGUGACGCUGGGAGGCUGGUCCGUUAUAUCAAGUACGCCGGCGGCCUGUGUGCAGAUGAAGGCCUAGGUGACGAGACGGUGACGCACGUUGUCCUGGUCGGCGACGACGCCGUGCAGCGUGGGCAAGUCGCGGGCGAGGUGCGCAGGGAGGUGAGUGGGCGGCGCAGAAUGCCCAGGCUUGUGACGGGCAGCUGGGUCGAGGACUGUUGGAAGGAGAAGACGCUGCUGGACGAGGAGCAGUACGCUGUUGAAUGA